AUGCAGGUGACGGCCCUACCAGAUUCUCUGUGUGGUGUGGGUGCUGUCGACCAGAGCAUCCUCAUCAAGAAGCCAGGGAAGACUCUGAUAUUUGACUUGUUCCCUGUCAAGAAAGCAUCCAGUAUUCCAAAAGAGGUUGAAGAUCCUGUAACAUGCUUCAAACUGCUCUGCCAGCAGAGACGGGCCGCACUUUCUUCCCUGAGACUUGGAGAGUCUGGAACAAAGGAUGUGUCCCUCACUGUUCCAGACACCAUCACCACCUGGGAGACAGAGGCUUUCUGUUUGUCCCAUCAGGGUUUUGGCUUGGCUCCUCGUAAAGAGCUCACCGUCUUCCAGCCCUUCUUCCUCGAGCUCAGUCUGCCCUACUCCAUCAUCCGGGGAGAGCACUUUGAACUGAAGGCAACCACCUUCAACUACCUGUCAAGCUGCAUCAUGGUCACUGUGACUCCAGCACCCUCUUUAGAUUACACCCUCACCCCCCUCUCUGGUGACCAGUACACAUCCUGUCUGUGUGGCAGUGAGCGCAAGACCCUCAGCUGGACCAUGGCCCCCUCAGCCUUGGGUGUUGUGAAUGUGUCUGUGACUGCUGAGGAUGUGGGAUCCCACGCUUCAUGUGACAAUGAGAUUGUGAGCGUGCCAGACAGAGGUCGUAUCGACGUAGUCACAACGAACACAACAAAUCUAAAGAUCCCCUCCAGACAUGUAUUAAGAUGUGAUGAUGUCAUGCGCAAGGUUAUCCCCUUUGGCGGCUCGUCCAGUAGAAAUCCAGGGUUUGGAUUCAAGCUUACAUCUGGCACACAGGUGUGA